UCUCCGUUGCGUAUUUUAUUCAUACCCAAUGAAUUAUGGGUAACUUCUGUACAUGUUAGGGAAAACAUUGCAUCCAUCAUGGCCGACAAGAUUAAAGAAAAACCCAGCGGAAGGUCUUUAGAGGAUAUGGAGAUAUUCAAACAUCCUAUGUGUUUGAUUAGUAGCGAAAGUGUGGAGGAUGUACAUGGUGAAGAAAUAAUCAAAAUGGAGGAGAAGCAGGAAGUACUCAACCAACUUAAAGAGAUUGAUCUGCCAAUGGUUAUUGUAGCCGUGGUAGGUCAAUACAGAACUGGCAAAUCUUACCUGAUGAAUCUUUUAGCAGAAUCAACAACAGGUUUUGCAUUGGGAGACAUGAUUGAAUCGAAAACCAAAGGUAUUUGGGUAUGGUGUAAAAUGCAUCCAACAAUGUCGGAUACAGUUUUGUUGCUUCUUGAUACAGAGGGUCUUGGUGAUGUUGAAAAGGGCGACCCAAGUCAUGACAACAAGAUAUUUACAUUAGCGACACUCUUGUGCAACUGCCUUGUUUAUAAUAUGAAGGGAGCAUUCGAUAACGAAGCUGUAUCUAAACUCACGUAUCCUUUACUAUUGCAUCAAUCGACAUUAAAUCUGAGAAGACGAACAAAACAGUCAUUUAUCUGUGAUGUAGUUAAAUCUCUGCAAAUGGCUGCAAUAAAUAUAAAGAAAAUCAUGCAGAUGUUGCCCCUUUCAUCAUCUCUUUUGAACAGUCUCAGUCGGACCCAGUUGCAACGUUUGGUUCACUCGAUGGAUAUGACAUUAUGGAUAGCUACACUCAAACGCUGCAUAGGCUAUUUAGAAAAUAUAUGA